AGCGGCGAGGAGGGGCGCGCGCGGCGCUCAGCCCGCAGAAACCGCGAGCAGCGCAGGAGGACGGAUCCCCGGCUGCGAGCCGCACCGCGCCGGUCUGAUUUAUAUCCACUGUAACCAGCACUGCUCACCUGGGACUUUCUGGAUCCAGACUGAGGGCUCCAACAUUCCCCGGACUCUUCAGCAAGAAGGAGAUUGUAAUUCCGGAUUCCUUGGUGGAGGAAAACAAAACUCACUGGUCUUGUCUCCAAUGAUGCAAGUGUGAUUGCUGGCUUCUUCAUGAGCUCCAGAGGUCACAGCACACUACCACGGACUCUCAUGGCUCCUCGGAUGAUUUCCGAGGGAGACAUAGGAGGCAUUGCUCAAAUCACCUCCUCUCUCUUCCUGGGCAGAGGCAGUGUGGCCUCCAAUCGGCACCUCCUCCAAGCUCGUGGCAUCACCUGCAUCGUUAAUGCUACCAUUGAGAUCCCUAAUUUCAACUGGCCCCAAUUUGAAUACGUGAAAGUGCCUCUGGCCGACAUGCCUCAUGCCCCCAUUGGACUGUACUUUGACACUGUGGCUGACAAGAUCCACAGUGUGAGCAGGAAGCAUGGGGCCACCUUGGUGCACUGUGCUGCAGGGGUAAGCCGGUCAGCCACACUCUGCAUCGCUUACCUGAUGAAAUUCCACAAUGUGUGCCUACUGGAGGCGUACAACUGGGUGAAAGCCCGGAGGCCUGUCAUCAGGCCCAAUGUGGGCUUCUGGAGGCAGCUGAUAGACUACGAGCGCCAGCUCUUUGGGAAGUCGACAGUUAAAAUGGUACAGACACCUUAUGGCAUAGUUCCAGACGUUUAUGAGAAAGAGUCCCGACACCUGAUGCCUUACUGGGGGAUUUAAUGCCACCAAGGCCUGCAUCAGCAGCCCCUUGAGCAGUACCAGCAUCUGCUACACACCGUCUGCUCCCCUCUUUUCUUUUCAAAUGGUUGACUUUUGGUUCUCCCUCAAGUGUUUUUUACACUGGGUGUUCAAGUUUAUUUUAAGAGAUGGGGUGGUGGGGGGAACACGAGGGGAAUGUAUACAAUGCUAGCAACAUUUUUAAAACUAACAUUUUGGAAUAGUGUUUAUGAAAAUCUUUAACUGGCUUUUAAUCAUUUUUAACAAUUUGAACAGUUUAAUAAACUGUUUGGUUCUGCUGUAUUCUGAAUCCCAUGCCUUUUGGCAUCAUGGCAGGUGCAGGAGGAGCUCAGUGCAAAAAUCAUUUUGGGCCCUGAUUAACCCUUUAGAGACCCCAGGCUGCCGACCAAAACACUUGCUUAGGAGAAGACUGAUACCAGCUUCAGUGUCUACUGGAUUAGCCCUACUCUUUCCUUUCCCCUCUAUUAUUUACUGACUCUGUAAGUUAAAAUAAAUAAACCUUUAUUAUUUAGCUGUUAAGUAAUUAUAAUGAAAUCUGCUGCAACAACCCUCCUGGAAUCAAUGUGCCCCAGGAUUAUAUUAGCAUUAUUUUUAAUAAAUAUAUCUGCUUAACA